UCUUCCUCCGAAGAUGGGCGGCUUCCGUAUCUUGGGCCGCUGCACCGGUGGCUGGUGGAGGGGCCUGGGGGCCCACACACCGCCCAGGGACGCAGGCUGUAGCGCCAAGUCCCGGCAUCGUCUGCAACCACAAGGCUCCAGUAAACGGUCGGGUGUCCCCCGGGACCAGCCCUUCCCUGGGGUGCUGCAGCUAAAGACCCUCAGCAGGGAGGAGCUGGUUGGUGUGCUGAGGGAAGCCGUGGUGGACAAGAAAGGACCCCUGCUGACACUGAACAAACCCCAGGGUCUGCCAGUGACAGGGAAACCGGGAGAGCUUACAUUGCUCUCGGUGCUGCCUGAGCUGAGCCACUCCCUGGGACUCAGUGAGCAGGAUCUCCAUGUUGUCCGAGCAGCUGGGAAGGAGGCCUCUGGGCUGGUACUUCUUUCUAGUUGUCCCCAGACAGCAAGCCGCCUCCAGAAGUUCUUCAUCCACUCAAGGAAGGCCCAGAGACCCACAGCCACCUACUGUGCCAUCACUGAUGGGAUCCCAGCUACUUCGGAGGGGAAGAUCCAGGCAGCACUGAGGCUGGAAUGCUCUGAUGGCCUCAGUCUUGUAGUACCAGUGAAGUCCCCAUCCCGAAAGGACAUCUUGGAAGGGGUCAGAAGGACUCACAGCCACUUCCGUGUGAUGGCCACAGGCUCAGGCUGUGCCCUGGUCCAGCUGCAGCCACUGACAGCGUUCCCUGAUCAGCUGCAGGUGCACAUGAUGCUGCAGCUCUGCCCUCUGCUUGGGGACCACACCUAUUCUGCUCGCAUGGGCACAGUCCUGGGUCAGCGCUUUCUGUUUUCAGCCCAGAGCACCAAGCCCCAAAGACAGGUCCUGGAUGAAGCCCUCCUCAGAUGCCUGCACCUGACUCCCUCCCAGGCUUCCCAGCUGCCCUUACACCUCCACUUGCACAGUCUUCUCCUCCCAGGCCCAAGGCCCAGGGACACCCCCAUGGAGCUUCUGGCACCCCUGCCCCCUUAUUUCUCCAGGACCCUACAGUACCUGGGGCUCUGCCAACAUAGGCCUCUCUUCUUGACCCCCCAGCUGGACACAGAGGGCAGUGAGGGGAGGGGGCCUGUGACCAGCCAGGUCCAAAGAGAAUGAAGUCAGUGUUCAACAUGGUAAAGGACAUGUUUUAGGGUCCUGGCUCUGCGGUCAGGCAAACCUGGCUAGGCCUCUUGCUUGCUGUGUGGUGUUGGGCAAAUGAUUUCUCUCUGGACUUGAUAUAAUAAAAGUUCCUACCUCA